CGAGGACCCUGAGACUGAGAGGCGAUUUAUAUUUUCAUACGUCUCAUGGUUCCUUAUCUCGGGGAGGCCGAAAACCUGCGUAUUCCGGCGGAAAAUGGACGCCGGACAGCCCCUAGAUGUCAGGCCCCUAGCUGCAAAGGUGGUCGGAAUAUGCGCUGGCGAAGCUCAUACGCUCGCCCUCACGGCCGAGGGAGAAGUGUAUUCGUGGGGGCGCGGGACGUUCGGGAGGCUUGGAACUGGCAAGGAGGAGGACGAGACGAGGCCAGUCCGAGUUAGCUUCGUGUCGGGGAAGAAGGGCCAGGGCUGCUCAAAUAAGCCGCCGAGGAUCGUCGCCGUCGCCGCCGGGGCUUACCACAGCCUGGCUUUGGAAGAUGAUGGAUCAGUGUGGUCUUGGGGUUACAAUCUCUAUGGGCAACUUGGUGUGGAUUCAGAGAAUUCCUUGGUUCCUAUUUUCUUGGAUGAGUUCCUUGAUCUUGUUUCACCCCGCUCAUUGCAGAAUCAAUCAGAUUCUCAAGGAAAAGCACAGUUGAAGAUUGUUUCAAUCAUGGCAGAUGGAAUGAUGUCAUUUGCAAUUGAUAAUAUCGGAGGCCUUUGGAUGUGGGGUAAUUGUCCUCAACUUAGUAAGGAUGGCGAUGAACCUUUUAGUCUUGUUAGUAUUCCCACUCCACGGCCUGUAUGGUUUCUUCAUGGUCGUUGUGUGGUGAAGGUAGAAUGUGGAAAUGAACAUGUGGUAGUACUUGCUAGUCCAGGGGAAACAGUUUAUGGAGGUGAUCUCGUAUGUUAUGCUUGGGGUAAUAACAAUCAUGGCCAAUUGGGUCUUGGCGACAACGAAUCCAGGUCGUACCCUGAAGUUGUGAAGUCCUUUGAUGUGGACUCACCAUGGAGUAUCUACGAGAUAGCUUGUGGGUCAUUUCACACUACCGUUCUGACUCGCAGGAAGCCACAUUCCCCUGAAAAGGAUGCACAGGAAUUGAGAAGAAUGAGGCUGGAAGACAGAGCGAGUGUUUGCUGGACAUUUGGACUUGGUGACAAUGGGCAGCUUGGACAUGGGAAGGCGACAAGCUCCUCCUUUCCUGAACCUGUAUAUGGGUUGCCAGAGGAUGUACUGCUCAAGUCUGUUGACUGUGGAUUGUUCCACACUUGUGUUGCUUCUGAGGCUGGUGAAGUGUGGGUAUGGGGGAUGGAGAAAGGACUUGGUCUUUGUCCUGAAGCUACCUUUUCUGGAGAAGAUCCAGGUGACGCCCUUAUUCCCUUGAAGGUCAUUUGCAAUGAAAAUAUAGAUUCAAAUUUUGCUGCACCUGUACAAGUAGCAUGUGGUGCUGCCCAUACUGUCGUUGCAGCACAUGAUGGGUAUAGGAUGUGGGCUUGGGGCCGAGGUCAUAGUGGUGUUCUUGGAAAUGGUAGCACAGCCAACAGCCUCGUUCCUUGUACAGUGAUGUGGCCGCCACUUCAGAUGGAUUUUGAGAGAAAGGAAGUACUUGAUCGGAAGGAAAGGGCCAAACCCUCUGAAUCUGAAAAGAUAGCUGGUGCGAAGAAAGGAGCAUCAACCCUAGAGGAUAUACAAGAUCUCAAUACAAAGAUUGCAUCAAUGGAGAGGUAUAUAAAUGUAUUGCAUACUUAUAUACUUGGUGAAAGGUUUGAAGAUCUUGGUCUUCCUCUGGGGCCAGAGAAUUCGGUGGCUGAUGUUCACAAGGCAUGGUGGAAGAUGUUGGAUUCAGCAGACGAUGGGAAGCUCAAUCAAAUGAAAAGAUUCUAUCAGAGCAUGCUAUCUGCUGUGGAAGAAAAAAUAAUGAAGAGAAAGGUGCACGAAAUGGUGAGAGAGUGUUUAAGCUCCUUACCUGCAGACAUGAAAUCAUCCUAGAGAAUUCAUAAACUAUGUUAUUUUAUGUUAUUUAUAGAGAUCAGGGUCCAAGAAAGCAAAUAUACACUGUUCAGGCCGGAUGCAGGGAAUGUUGUUGGUCUUGGGAGAUGGCCUAUGUUUAUUUGCAACUUUUGUGCAGUUGUCCGUAAAAUAAGUCUUAUAUGCUUAUACAUCUAGGCACACGUUUGUGCUUCCCCUGGAUGGAUAUAUGUAUGUGCAGAGUGGUAUUAGUACUAUUGACAGUUGCAUUUCCUACA